CCCGCCUCAACUUAAGAACACAAAAGAAUAGAAGAAAAUUCUCUAGAUCCAAAUAUCACAGCCAAACAAAGCCUUCUCACUCUCAAGCAGGUGUUAUUGGCUGCAAAAAUGGCUUCCACCCUGCUUUCUCACUCCAGGCUUUUACUCAAAGGAUCAUCCAAGGUUCUUCCAUCCCCACCAGUGGCAGCUCACAGGUUGCCUAUGUUGCAAAAGAUGAAGAAGGGAGGGAUAAAGUGUAGGGUGGAAGAGAAGCCAGAAGGGAAGAAGUCAGAAGAAAGCCUGGUUUCAGGCACGAUGGCGGCGGUGGCGAUGGCUGCAUUGGCAGCGGCGGGACCCGCGGUGGCACUGGUGGAUGAGAGGUUGAGCACAGAAGGGACAGGGCUGCCUUUUGGUUUAAGCAACAACCUUCUUGGGUGGAUUUUGGCUGGGGUGUUUGCUUUAAUUUGGGCUCUAUAUUUUGUCUAUGCUUCAUCUUUGGAUGAGGAUGAAGACUCUGGUUUGUCACUCUGAAUCCAUCACCAAAAUUUCUUAAUAAAAAAAUUGAAUGAUUUUUAAAUAGGUAGUAAUCGUUAUCCAAUGGAGUUUUAAGAUAGAUAAAUAUUGAGGUGCAUUCUAAGUCGUCCUCAUCUUUUUGUCGUUCAUCUAAAACUAUAGUUUUUUCAUGUAUCAAUUUUUAUCCCUUUAAUAUUAAUUUUGUAUUUCUUUUGCUGUA